UGGGAACUGACGUGACCGUUCGACUACGACGCCAUCUGAAGGGUACUUUCACGCUGCGUUGCCGGUUUUACAGGCAACAAAUUAUUACGCCGCUUCGGUAUUUCACUCGAAUGGUUUUUGGGUAAAAUUACCGAAACAUAUGGCGCCCACGGAACAGGUGACUGUGACGUUUCACCUAACCCUACUUUUCGACGUUGGUCGAUAAUAUUUGUUUACUCUCGUCACCUGAUUGGCACAGAACGAUGCCGCGAUGAACAAAAAUCUGGAAUCGCCGACGAAGCUCGCGGAGUUCGCGCCGCUCCAGCAAGAGGACAGGUCGCAGAGCGUGGGCCAAUUUAUCUCCAGUUUCUUCAAAAUGGGCGGCAAGCCCGAAGACGGAGCCUCGGGGGAGGACGCGACCGAAGAGUCCGAGACGGCCCGCGAGCCGAGCAUCUACGACGUGGACCUGAGCGAAGGCCGCAGCCUACCGAACGUGCUCAAGAGGAUCAGCAACCUGCUGGCGCUCAAGAGUAACAAUUUGCAGGACUACGCGGACACGGAGCUCAAAAAGUACUGGAUGCCCGACUCGGUCAGCAAGGAGUGUUACGAGUGCUCGGAAAAGUUCAAAGUGUACCGUAGGCGUCACCAUUGCCGGGUGUGCGGCCAGAUAUUCUGCUCGCAGUGCUGCAACCAGCACAUCCCGGGCAAAAUAUUCGGCUGCACGGGCGACCUACGGGUCUGCACGUACUGCUGCAAGAUCGUGCUGUCUUACAUGCAGUCGUCCAACUUCGGGGCAGACCUCUCCGCCGAUCUGGGGCACUUGCAGAAGGACCUGCGGGCCAAGUUCGGGGACCCGUCGGGCCCGGUCUCGUCCCCAAACAAACCCUCGGAAACUAACGACGCCUUGCGCAGGAAAAUCUCGGUAGGAUAUCGAGACGAGCAGUUUUCCCCAGGAAGCGCGUACCUGUCGCCCGAGGAGAAGCUGCGCGCGCUGCGCAGUUCCGCGUCGCUGUGCGGUCUCUACGACGAGGUGUGCGGCGCGCAAUUCGGGCGCACGCUCGCCGACCACUUCGUCGGCUCGGAGCUCGUCGACUGGCUCAUCGCCCGCCACAAGGCGACGACGAGGGUCCAAGCGGUCGCCAUCUGCCAAGCGCUGCUCGACGGCGGUUACGUCGAGUGCCUCGCGGAACCCUCGCCCUUCGUCGACGGCGACGCCCGAUACAGGAAGGGCGCCGGCACGCAACGCCCCUUCGAGCCGAGCUGGGUCAAGCAGAUACCCCACGAAGGUGCUUCCCCGGGUCUGCGCUCCUCCGACUCGUACACCCUGGACCUGGACGUGGAGGCGAGCACGGUCUACUUGUCUAAGCCGGCGGACGAGGAUCGUCGUCGCUCACCGGAACCUCGCAUCCACGAGUCGGCGGUGGUCGUCAGACCGACGGAGCAGCUGGGGGCGGCGCCCGAGUCGGGCUGGUUCGACGCGACGUCGCUGCGCGACGAGAACGGCGAACGGGAGGCCUACGAGCGUCUGACCGAGACCUACGAGCGCCACGAGCAGAGCCUCUGGAAGCAGUUGCUGUCCAGCGAGGGGCUGUCGCAUUCGUGGAUCGACGCGGUGUCGCCGCUGAUACGCGAGGCCGUCGCCGUCGUGAGGCCCGACAAACACCACGACGCGAUCGACCUGGACGUGCGGCACUACGUGCAGUUCAAGAAAGUGGCCGGCGGGAGGCGGGGCGACAGCCGCCUCGUGCCGGGCGUCGUCUGCAGCAAGCACGUCGCGCACCGCGACAUGGACGUCGACGUCGUCGACCCCAAGGUGCUGCUGCUGCAGUGCGCGGUCGUCUAUCAGCGGACCGAAGGUCGUCUGAUGUCCCUCGAGCCCCUUCUCAUGCAGGAAAACGAGUACCUGCGGCACGUGUGCGCGCGGAUAGUGGCGUUCCGUCCCGACGUCGUCGUCGUGCACCGGAACGUGUCGAGGCUCGCGCAGGACAUGCUGCGCGAGAGCAAGAUCGUCCUCGUGUACAACGUGAAGCGGACGGUGAUGGACCGGCUGGCCCGGUGCACGGGGGCGGACGUCGUCGCCGCCGUCGACUCCCACAUCGGGCGGCCCCGUCUGGGCACCUGCGCACGUUUCUACUCGCGAAACUUGGACGGCAAGCGGCUCAUGUUCUUCGAGGGGCUGCCGCGUCCGUGGCUCGGCGGCACGGUGCUCCUGAGAGGCGGGGCGGAGCGCGAGCUGGCCCGUCUGAAGCGGGUCGCGUCGCUCGCUCUCCUCGCCGCCUACAAUUGGCGCCUGGAAAAGUCGUUCCUGAUGGACGAGUUCGCGAUGCCGCCAGACCCCAAGUGCGAGUUCCUGGACUCGCCGUCGUCGCCGCCGCCGCCGCCGUCGCCCGCCAAACACCCUUCGCCGCAACCGCCGCAAACCGAAUCCAAAAGGGGGGCGGUGGUCGAGGCGAUCGACGACUUCACGGACCCGCUGCACUGCGACGGCCCCGCCUCCGUCAACGACCAGGUGAUGGCGGUGGCGGAGCUGCCGCUGGCCAACGCGUUCCGCAAGCAUCUCGGCGACGCCAUCUUGUGCGUGUCACCGUACGUCGUCUUCUCCGUGCCGUAUCUGGAGACGGACGCGGGCAAAAAGUGCGAGCUGCGCCGCUUCUUCCCCAAGGAUAUGUACCACAGCUCGCAGUUCGACCCCGCGUCCGGGAAGCAGCAGCGUCGGGACGAGGCGAACGUCGUGACGUCGGACGUGAAGGAAACGGUCGCGCUCCAUCCGUUCCUCGCGCUGAAGAUCAUCGCCGUCGAGCUGCGCGACGUGCAGAACGAGCUGGCGCACUUCCGCGCGUGCGGCGGCCGCUACCCCAAGAAGGAAACGCUGAGCGUCCCGACGCCGAAGGAGCCGUCCGAGCGACCGGCCGCCGCCGCCGCCGCCGCCGAUUGCCUCGACCCGGCCAACCACCAGAGGCUCGCGGUGCUCUUCUGCAGCUUCAGCCACGAGUCGGCGAACGCGCCCUCCUUCUGCGUCAACCCGUGGGUGGUCUACAUGGACUUUUACGGGCGCAACGACAUCCCGCUGGGCUGCUUCCUCGAGCGGUACUGUUUCCGGCCGAGCUACGCGUGCCCGUCGAAGACGUGCGACUCCCCCAUGGUGAAACACGUGCGCAGGUUCGUGCACGGCGCAGGCUGCGUCACCGUCUCGCUCGACGACUUCGACCACGAGUUCUCGGACGAGGCGAUCGUCACGUGGACGUGGUGCACGCGGUGCCAGAGCGUGUCGCCCGUGGCGCCGCUGUCCGCGGACUCGUGGUCGUACCCGUUCGCGAAAUACCUCGAGCUCAAGUUCCACGGGGACGCGUUCGGCCGUCGGGGACCGAGCCCGUGCCGCCACAGUCUCCACCACGACCACUACCAGUACUUCGGGUACCGCAAGUACGUCGCGUCGUUCAAGUACACGAGCGUGGCCACGUGGGAGAUUCGCUUGCCCCGCCUCCGGAUCGGGUUGGCGCGAGGUCCGGUGACGCGCGCGCGCGAGUCCCUCGCGGAGGAGGCGCGCGCCCUCGCCCGGAAGGCCCACGACAGGUUCGCCGCCGUCCACGAGCGUCUGUCGUCGGUGUGCGUCGAAGAAGCCGACGGGCACCUGGUGCAGGCCGUCGUCAAGGAGCAGAUGCAGUUCAAGCGGCGCGUCGAAGACGUCGUGGCGCUGCUCGGGGCCGAGGAGGCGGAGCCGGAGGCCGCGUGGGCCGCCUGCGGCGAGACGGCGCGCGCCCUCGCUGCGGCGAAGCUCUCGCUGCUCGAGACGGUCGACGCGUGGAACGUGACGCUGCAGGAGGGCAGGAAACGGGACAAGGAGCAGGGCUCGCCCGUCGCCAGCCCGGACGAGGGCGACGGGGACGCGGACGUCGCCGCGAAGAACAUUUUGGAGAAGCUGCUGGCGCCCGCGGCCAACGCGGGGCCCAUUGCCGCGCCCUUCGGGCCGCAGGAGCACUACUGGGACGCCGCGGGCGCCGUCUUCGAGGCGGAGCUGAGCUCGAUCGUCGCGCACGCGCUCGCCACGCCCGACUACAAGAAGGCGCUCGAGGAGUUGACGUCGAAAAGCCCGAGCCCCGCGACCAAGAGGAAGAACCUCGCGGACAAGACGGACGAGGAGAAGGCGUCCGGGCUGCUGGGAUUCCUGCGCGGCAAGGAGGGCGGCAGCGACGGCGAGGCGGAGCCGGCGACGCCCGACGACGCCCGAAAAUCCCGCAACGCGCACGUCGAGGUCCACUUCCAAGAUGGCGCGUCCAAGUUUUCCUGCACCGCUUAUCUGGCGGACAAGUUCGCCGCCCUGCGGUCGGCGCUGGUACCUUCGGGCGAAGACGGCUACGUGCGCUCGCUAUCCAGGUCGAUGCGCUGGAACGUGAGGGGCGGCAAGUCCGGUUCGACUUUCGCCAAGACGUGGGACGACCGAUUCGUCCUCAAAGACCUCUCCAAGACGGAGGUGCAGCUGUUCCUCGAGUUCGCCGCCCAUUACUUCGCGUACGUGGAGAAGUGCGCGACGAGCGGGCAGCCGUCGCUGCUCGCGAAAAUCGUCGGCGUCUACCAGGUGUCGCUGCGGAACGCAGCGAACGCGACCUCGAAGACGGACCUCCUCGUCAUGGAGAACCUGUUCUACGACCGCGACGUGAGCCAAAAGUUCGACCUCAAGGGCUCGAUGCGCAACAGGCUCGUCGUGCCGGACAAACUGCCGGACGGCGAGGUCGUCUUCCUCGAUGAGAACCUCCUGAAGAUGACGUGCGAGUCGCCGCUCUACGUGCUGCCCCACUCGAAGGAGGUGCUGAUGGCCGCCAUACAAAACGACACGGACUUUUUGUCAGCCCACUCGGUGAUGGACUACUCGCUGGUCGUCGGGCUGGACGCCGUCGACAGGAACCUCGUCGUCGGAAUCAUAGAUUAUAUCCGGACCUUCACGUGGGACAAGAGGAUCGAGCACAUAUUCAAAAAGAUCGGCGGGCAGGGCAAGCUGCCGACGAUCGUGUCUCCGGAGGAGUACCAGAAGCGCUUCGUCGACGCCAUGCACAACUACUUCCUCGAGGUGCCCGACCACUGGGCGGGUCUCGGCAAAGGCAUCGACCUUUAGGACCUCGAACAAACCCCUGUGAUAUUAAUAAAAUGUUUUCACCUAGCUCGCGUUUAUUGGUAAUAUAUUAAUAAUAAUAAUAUCUUUAUUAUCCCGCAUAUUUAGAAUACAAUUAUUAUGGAUUAUUAUGGAUUUCGUCAAACAGAUCAUGCAAAUGAGGCGGAAAAUUACAUUAAAAAUUUAUAUAAUAAAAAAUAUAUGACAGAGCA